CGGCCCCGGGCUCCGCCUCAUACUCGGGCUCCGCCUCGCACUCGGAGGCGGGCGGUUGGUCUGACGGGCCGCGGCGGGUGGAUGGCGGACAACCGGGGCCGCGCGAGCCCGAACGGGAGCCCGAGCACAGGCCGCGAGAAGGCGGCGGGCGGUCACCGGCGGCACCUGGGCCAUGGCCACCGCUUGAGGAAAGUGACGCUCAGCAAACCCACCUUCUGCCAGCACUGCACCGACUUUAUCUGGGGGCUCGGCGGCUUCCAGUGCGACCUUUGUAACUUCAUGUGCCAUGAGAAAUGUUUAAGAAAUGUGAAGACCCUUUGUUCCUGUUUGGCACCAAACUUGGUAAAGAUUCCUGUGGCACACUGUCUUGGAAUUCCUGCACAAUACAAGAAGAAAUUUUGUGCUGUAUGUAGAAGACAGUUGGAAGAGAGUCCUGCAACACGAUGUGAAGUGUGCGAGUUACAUGUCCAUGUUGAUUGUGGCCCCUUUGCUUGCAGUGACUGUCGGCGAUGCCACCAGGAUGGACAGUAUGAUCGGGAAUCUUACCACCAUCACUGGAGGGAAGGAAAUCUCUCCUCCAGUGCACGCUGUGAUGUCUGUAAGAAAUCAUGUGGCUCUUCAGAAGUGUUAUCAGGCAUUAGAUGUGAAUGGUGUGGGACAACAGUGCAUGCUGACUGCUACAGUAGCCUCACACCAGAAUGCAAUUUUGGAAGGUUGCAGACCAUGAUAUUGCCUCCAAAUUGUGUGCGAGUUUGUGAGCAUAAUUUCAGCAAGUUUCACUGUUUUCGGAUAUCAGAAAAUGCACAAAUUGAAUUAGUUGCUGAUGAAGCUGAUGAUGAUAAUGUCAAUACGUGGAAUCAAGCAUCGUAUAAAGAUGCACAACCUGCCCCAACAACUGAUUCAGGUAAACAAAUCCUUAAGAUAUUUGAUGGAAAUGAUGCAGUGAAACGGAAUCAAUUUCGACUCAUUACUGUUCCUCGAAUUUCAAAAAUAGAAGAAGCAGUGGAAGCUGCACUGAGAGCGUACUACAUCCCAGAUGAUCCUCAGGAAUACGAGCUCCAGACAUUUACCCAAGAUGCUGUCUACAGUGAUGACAUUAUUAACCGAAAUGGAGGCAGUAUGGAAGGCAAAAAUUUGUCAGUGUUCCGAGAUACAAUCCCAGAGGCAUGGGUACUACGUGCAAAGCCAAGCGAUUGUGAAAUAGUCAAAAUUUAUCCAGGGUGGUUAAAAUUUGGAGUAGCUUAUAUCUCCAUUCCUGUAAAUACCAAGACAACAGUCAAAGCCAUUAUCCAGGAAGUCCUUUUGCAACUGGGACGACAGGAUGAAAAUAUUGAAGAUUUUGAAUUAGUUGAGGUACUUAUGGGUUGUAAACAGGUGCAAUGUGUGGUGCUUUCUCAACUGCAACUGAUGCUUGGCAGACUUCAAGAUAUUAGAAAGAUCUCAGUUCGACAAAUGAACCAGACACGGUUUUAUAUUAAAAAGAAGCAAAACUCAGUGGAGCAAGUGAAUCUGCUGCUUAUGGGCCUUCCUCCUCAGACAUCUCGGGACGAGUGCCUCUCACUUCUUAAAAGACACAUAGAGAUUAAUGGGAAUUUGGUGUCCUUUAGUUAUGUUUACAUAGACCAAGGUGCUGUUGUGCUGGAAUUCUCAUGUUUUGAUGAAGCAGAGAGGAUUUAUACACAAGUUAAAGAUACUACUGUCAAUGACAGACAACUCACAACUGUUAUCAUCCCAGUCAUCGAGGUCACACAGCUACCACAGGAUUCUUAUCCUCUCCUGCUCUUUGUUAAUCCAAAGAGUGGGGCCCUUAAAGGGCGAGAACUUCUGUACAGCUUCCGGAAGCUUCUGAAUCCCCAUCAGGUUUUUGACCUUUCUAAUGGAGGGCCUCUCUCUGGGCUGCAUACAUUCCGAGAGGUUCCAUAUUUCCGAAUAUUGGUUUGCGGAGGAGAUGGAACAGUUGGUUGGGUUCUGGGUGUGCUGGAGGAGAUUCGACACAAGCUGAACUGCCCAGUGCCUCCAGUUGCUGUGCUACCUUUAGGAACAGGCAAUGACCUAGCGAGGGUGUUACGCUGGGGACCUGGCUAUAGUGGUGAGGAUCCCUUCUCCAUUCUGGUUGCAGUUGAUGAAGCAGAAGAAGUCCUCAUGGAUCGUUGGACAAUCCUCCUUGAUGCUCAAGAAGUUGUUGAUGGCACAGAAAACGGUGUCCCUGAGCUGGAACCACCAAGGAUUGUACAAAUGAACAAUUAUUGUGGAAUUGGAAUUGAUGCAGAACUGAGUCUUGACUUCCAUCAAGCAAGGGAAGAAGAUCCAGACAAGUUCAAUAGCAGGUUUCAUAACAAAGGAGUUUAUGUGAAAGUUGGGUUACAGAAGAUUAGUCACACACGUAGUCUGCACAAGGAUUUAAAGCUUCAAGUGGACGAUCAUGAAGUGGCACUUCCAAAUAUUGAAGGCCUUAUCUUUCUGAACAUUCCAAGCUGGGGAUCUGGAGCAGAUCUGUGGGGAUCUGACAGUGAUGGUCGUUUUGAAAAACCCCGAAUUGAUGAUGGGAUGCUGGAAGUAGUUGGUGUCACUGGUGUGGUACAUAUGGGCCAGGUGCAAAGUGGCUUACGGUCUGGAAUUCGUAUUGCACAGGGGACAUAUUUCCGAGUCACACUGCUGAAGUCAAUUCCUGUACAAGUUGAUGGAGAGCCUUGGAUUCAGUCACCAGGACACAUUAUAAUAUCUGCUGCUGGGCCAAAGGUUCAUAUGUUGAAAAAAUGUAAACAGAAGCAGAAGAAGCAAAUUGGGAGCUUCAAGGAUGCAAGAGCAGAGAGUCUGGUCAACUCAGAAACAGGCAACUGAGGACUGAUAACAACAGUUUGGAAAGGACUUGCAGUGUGACCAUGAAAAUCAAGAGAUUAUUUGCUUAACCAUUUUAAGAUUCCAACAGUUUGCAAUUAAAUGUUUUUGACAUUCAUUUGCACAUCUUCGUGAGACAGUGUAUCAGUGUCUGAUAUUGCAACAUUAGUGGUCUCAAACAGGUGCCAGAAUAACAGUUAAAUGAUUUAACCGAAACAUUGUCCCAUGUUCAGGACGUUAACAGUAGAAUUGCUAUUGAAAUAACGGCCGAUAAACAGAGAGAUACUUUUUUUUAAUGUGCGGAAAAUGCCUUAAUGUUCCUGUUUCAAGGGCCUAUACUGGACUGAAACUGACCUGAGUAUUGGCUUUCACUGCUGUCAGUUUCAAGCUCUCCUGAUCUGUUCCACUUAUGUCAUUCAGCUAAAGAUAGACUCUGAAUGAGCAAACAUUGUAAUAGGGGCUGUGGAUCAUGUGUAUUGUAAACUGUUACUGCUAAUCUCUUAUUUCGAAACAUUACCCAAAUUUUGGAUUAGUGUGUGAUCUAAUUCAGAUCCAAAUAUAAUCUCUUGAAAAAAGUUUAGAUUCCUACAAAUACUCACUGAUGACAUCUUUCAGUAGAAAGACAUUCCAAGUUAUUUACUUCUGAUGUUUUUUAAUGCAGAGAGCAGAUAUGUUUGAAUUUGUUAACACAGAAUAGUAUGGCUACAGAUUACUUUGAAACAAAUAUUUUGAGAGAGAAGAUAGUUUAAUGUAAAGAGAAGUGGCGGUUGUGGGUGAUAUAAAGUUCAGGGAAAUAUUGCAUUUUUCAUGGAAGCAGUGACAUAUUGGUUCCCUAUCUAUUUGGACAAUGCCAUUGUGAUUAGGCAUUAAAGUCAUCCUUCAAGAAAAUAGAUUUAACAUACGUUAUUCCACUGAUUCUAUAAAAUAUAAAUAAUCAAUAUAUUGAUGAAUUAACCUGGCAGUAUACUUGAACAAAAACAUGUAGCCAACUUGCUCCUACUUUCUUGAGAAUUUCAGAUCUAAUUUAAUUGAACUAGUUUUUCUCUAAAGAUGUGUUUAGACACACUAAUCAAGUUGUUUCCCUAACCAGCUGUGUGCAAAAUAUUUUGAAUCUUAUCUGAAGAAUUUUGAUAAUUCUUUACAGCCAGUAUCUCCCUUUGCUAUUUGCAUGUUACUGUACUAUAAUAGGUAUUCGUGAAACGUGCCUUACGUUUUCAAUACAAUGCCAUUGUGUAAUAGUUGAAAGUAAUAUUUUACCUCAGGAAUUAAGUUGGGCAAUAUUAAUUUUCUCACUAAGUGUUAAGCAUAGCUUUAUAGAAGCCAUGUAAUAUUUAUAUCAGCUGAGUGAAAUAAGCCAUUCAGAUCUGCUGAUGUGAUAAUGGGAACUGCAGAUGCUGGAGAAUCCAAGAUAAUGAACUGUGAGGCUGGAUGAACACAGCAGGCCCAGCAGCAU